AUGGUGCAUCCAGCUACAGCUCCCAAGAAUGCCCCUGAGGCAUUCGACUUCAUUGUCGCAGGCGGCGGUACCGCCGGCUGCGUCGUCGCUGGCCGUCUAGCCGAGAACCCAAAUGUCAAGAUCCUAGUCGUUGAAGCUGGACUCAAGUUCUUGUCCUCCACUAACACUGUCAGCAACACCGAUGAGAUCCCCGAGAUCACCACCCCAGCCCGUGCCUUCGAGUUGAGAGGCAGCCCGUGGGACUGGCAAUACAAGACCACCAUGAUCGAUCGUCCAGACUACACCCGCGUCGAGAAACCCAAUCCAAGAGGUAAGACGCUCGGAGGCAGCAGCGCAGAGAACUACUACACCUGGGUCCGAGGCAGUGCUGCGACGUUCGAUGACUGGGCAGAAUACGGCACGGAAGAGUGGAACUGGGAAAACACCAAGAAAUACUUCAACAAAUCCACCACCUACCACGACGACGAGGAUCUGUAUCCAACCGACCUCGCCAAGAUCGGCAACCUAGGCGGUCCCCUCCAUAUCUCGCACUCCGACUUGGUUCCUGAACUCAAGCCCUUCCGCCACGCGCUUGAGAAGGCCUGGGUGAGCAAAGGCCAAGAAUUGUCUUCUGACGUCUACAGCGGAACACAGAAAGGUCUCUUCAAAUGCGUCAGCUCCAUCUAUAAAGGCAAACGAUCCCACGCAGCUGUCUUCCUCGAAGGCAAACAAAACGUGACGGUCAUGUCGUCCACCAUCUCCAAGAACAUUAUCUUCGAGAACGGCAAGGCCGUAGGUCUUGUUGUUAUCGGCCCCGACGGCAACGAGUACACCUUUCGCGCCAAAUACGAGGUCAUUGUGUCACAGGGCGUCUACGAGUCUGCGAAGCUGCUUAUGCUCUCUGGCAUCGGACGCAAAGCCGACCUCGAGGCUUAUGGUAUCAAGGUGCUUGUCGACUCGAAGCACGUCGGUCAAAACAUGUUGGACCACCCUAUCUUGUCUCAUGUCUUCAAGAUCAAAGACGGGUACGGUCUGGAUAGCCACCUUCUGCGCGCGGGGCCGCAAAAGGACGGUGCUGUCGCGGCGUACCGAAAGAACAGGAGCGGACCAUUGAGUAGCGGUCUGCUCGAGCUCGUCGCCUUCCCCAGGGCCGACGAGUGGUUCGAAAAGUCAAAGGAUUAUCGCGAAUACAAGGCCAAAAACGGCGGCGUCGAUCCCUUUGGGCCGGGCGGUCAGCCACAUUUUGAAGUUGACUUUGUGCCCAUGUUCUGCGACGCCUUCCAAUGGCACUUCCCCACACCACCAACCGGCGACUACUUCACUGUUAUCGUCGACCUGCUGCGCCCUCUUUCUCGCAACGGCGAAGUCAAAUUGCUGUCCACCGACCCCAAACAGCAGCCGUACAUCAACUUGAAUUUCUUCAGCAAUGAUCUUGAUUUGAUCGCUUUGCGCGAAGGUGUGAGGAUGAUCGACGACAUCGUCAUGAACGGCGAGGGCAUGAAGGAUAUCAUCGAGGGUGAUUAUCCCUGGCCUAUGCCGCGAAACUCGGACGAGGCUAUGAUCCGGCAGAUCCUCGAGCGCUCGCAGACGGGGUUUCACCCUUGCGGCACGUGCAGAUUGGGUAAGGACGUCAAGCAGGGUGUUGUGAAUUCCAAGUUGAAGGUGUAUGGUGUCAAGAAUCUGAGGGUUAUUGAUGCGAGUAUCUUUCCUGUCAUUCCGGAUUGUCGGAUCCAGAAUGAUGUGUACAUGGUUGCUGAGAAGGGGGCGGACAUUAUUAAGGAGGCUCAUCCUCAGCUUUAUAAGUGA